CUGCCGGCCGCGGUGCACGUUCGUGACAGUGCCAGACAUGCGUUUCCAGCUUCAAUCGAAACGGUGUUUGUGUGCAGUGCUUUGCGGCGCGAAACAGUCUUCCCACUCUACUGACGCAUCCUAAAGGCCACACAAACUUACUUCUUAAGUUGAACAUUUUGGUGCCGAGGCCUGGAGAUGGACGACAACAUCGUCGAAGACGCUUUAACUCCGGUUGCUCUUUCGCUUCGCUCUCCUGCUUCAGUCCAGGAGGCCUCGCGACCCUACGCGCCUAUUCCGCGCACUGAGAACUGCAGUACCCCCGAGAAGACUUUCUCUCCUCGUGUUCGGCUGUGGCUCAAUUUGGGCCGAACGUGCAACGUGAGCCUGGGAAAUCUGGGAAUGGGUCUCAUCACAGCCCUCGCAGGUGUUGCUCUGCUGGACUUGGGGGAAAUCUACGGCACCAAUAUUUCAACUAUUUCUCAUCUAAUAACGACGCGCAGCGUAGGAGGCCUGCUUGGAUCUCUGCUAGGAGGCAAGCUGUACGACACGUACAACACGCAGCUUACGUCAAUACUCAUGCUGCUGCUGACCAGCGUAACGGUACUGAUGGUUCCACUGUCCGGAGUGCUGCUUGUAGCUCACGUCAUGGUCUUCUUCAUGGGUCUCAGCUUGGGAGCGUUCGGCACAGGAGCCAACGUCUGGAUCAUCAACAUGUGGCCAGAGGACAGCAGUCCAGCGCUUCACAUUUUUCACUUCGCAUUUGCCGUUGGCUCGCUGGUGGCUCCUCUCAUAGUCAAGCCAUUUCUAUCUCGAGGAGGCGCCGACAACUCAAACUUUCUACGGGAAGCGGCCAACCUGAGCUAUAGCUUUGAACCGACACCCAACGAGACUGGCAACCAAUCCUCCGCAGUCAGUACUCUGUCCGACGAAGGGGCUGUUGAGGGGUCGGGCGAAAGCACAGUGUACUACGCGUUUGCGAUUGUCAGCGCGUUCUACUUGUUUCUGGUCCUCUCGAUGGCACUUCUUUACUGCGUAGACAACUCUGACUUCAGACGGCGGCCAGCGAGAGGACCGAACGGAAGUGAGGCGAAAGCGAGCGAAAAACGGGAAGGCGUCCGCUACAGCCGGAUCUCGUUGGCGCUGCUGAGUGUUUUCGAGUGCGUAUACGUCGCACUCGAAUGCACGACAUCUCAAAUGCUGACCACCUUUGCAGUCAAGAGCGACCUGCACUUUUCCAAACCGGACGCAUCUCGGGUAGUCGCAGUGUACUUCUUUUUCUUCGCAGCGAGCAGACUGGUCGCGGCGAUAGUGGCCAUGAAAGUGUCUUCAUUGGUCACGCUUAUCUUCACGCAUGCUGUUCUCGUGGCCACGUCAGCAGCCAUGACGGUGUGGUGCUCCAGUAACGCGCUCGUGCUCUGGGUGGGCAGCGCAAUCACGGGAUUUGGCCAAGGACCCAUCAAGGCCGCGGUCGUCGCGUGGACUGCUGAAUACAUUAGCAUUAGCAACAAAAUGAUGUCUGUGGUCGUGGUCACGGGCAGCAUCGGCAACCUCGCGCCGGCACUUCUCGUUGGACAGUUUAUUGACCGCAAUCCCGAUUCUUUCCUGUACGUGACCCUGGGUGCUGUUUUGCUGUCUGUAGUCAUAUUUCUAGUCAUGUAUGCUUACAUGAGCAGGAGGCGACAUUUAAAGUCACACGCCGACGUUCAAAUCACUGCAGGUGCGGAGAAAUCAGGGGACAUGCCUUUGCUUUAGCAUUCUGCUAAAUAUGCGAUUUCGUUAGAUACUUACAGCUCUUAGAAUGCGCCUCAUGUGUUUACACGUAAAUACUAAUAUUUAUACUUCGGCGAGCGAAACACAACGAGAAAUCAUAUCUCUGAAGCAUUCAUAAAACACUGCACGUGCAUGCUUUGUACGCACACAAAAAAUAAAGUUGUAUUUCAUUCGAUUGACAGAAUGAAUCCGGUUAGGGAGAACGUCUUAAAGCCUCUGCAUAUAAGAAGCACUGCCUUCAACGUCGCCCUGUAUAGCGCGUGACCGCGGACUAUCCAAUGCAGAACGCGCAAUACCGUCACCCGUCACUGGGAGUGCGCCACCAAGAGAAAAGAAGAGAAAAAAGAGGGUAGAAGGACUCGCAACGUAAACGUGCCGCGGUCCCUCAGCUACGAUAUGGGAGAAGGCAGGAAAAGAAAGUUGCUUGCGGACGCUAAAAAUGUGGCACAAAGAGAUAGCGUCAAUGCUGGCGUCGGUCCUCGCCUCCUAGAAGACAUAGCAACGCGGCAUUUUGAUUCAUGCUGUCUCCUCUAAUAAUUAAACAAUUUGAAAAAAAUAUUUCGAUGAGACUCUUCCCUAGACGGCUCUGAAUAAAUUCCAGUAUAGUGGCUGGAAAUUCAAGCGCAGCGAAAUGACGAAGCUAUUAGCACCUACGCCUUGACCGAAACUCAUCUACGAGAUUUAGAGCUACCACCUGUUAUUGGCAAUUUUGUAUGGGAGGGUUGCGAAUGUCUGGGUCAAGAAAAGGUAGAGGUGCUGGCAUGCUUAUAAGGUGAAGUAGGAAGUAGGCAAAGGGUAAGAUAGACACGUGAGGAGCAUUUAUGGAUGGGCUGCACAUGGAAAGGAAAGAACACGUGGCAAGGAGUAGCUUAUCUAUGGACCGGUAUAUAGUGAUAGCAGAGAUCAAAAUUGAAAAUUACAAACGUUAUUAAUGAGUCCAUAAAAUCAGGCCAGGUGAUAUCAGUAGAAGAUAUGAAUGCGCACAUGGAAUAUCUAGACGGAUAUGCUGAUUACAUUGGUUCUUUAGUGUUGGAUCUUGCGAGGAAGAGAACCUUGUAGUAUUUAACAGAUAAAGUAACUGCCUUUGGCAGGUAACGUGGCAAUACGAAAACAGGCACUUAAGUAUCGACUACGCUGAGUCUCGUAAACGGUUUACGAAUGACUAGACCAAAGGACGAUAGAUAAACACGGAAUUGCCUGGGUAGCAAUCAUAAGUGUACAUCCUUGACUUUUGGGAGGCAUACCGACACAACAAAACCUAAGUGAAAAGAAAAGUAGCGGAAAUAGCAAAGGAAGCGUAGAGAAAAAAGGGGAGGCCCUUCCUACAGCAGUCUGGAAUUACACGGAACUCGUAGAGGUAAUGCAACAGGAGAUAAGACAAGCAAGGGUAAAAAAUUGUUGGAGUGGAAAGAAAAAAACCCUGCAAGUGGUGGAACAAGGAAAUGAAGCAAGCUAUGGAACAGCAUAAGCAGGCGUCAAGGCAUCAUCGAGAAGUUAGAACGUUGGGUUUACAUGAAGAGGUACUGCUUAGAUGGAAGAAGCAUCCGGAAAAGAAAAGGGAGGCGAGCGAACAAGUGCAACGAAAAAAAAAUGUACAAGUGAAAGUCAGCUGCAUGACAUUCGCAAAAAAAAGAGACAAAAACACACCAACAAGAUUGUUGAACCAUGCAAGAGCACUCAAGAGCUCCAGCUAAAAAUACGCGAACAACUUUAACGGAUGAAGACGCGAACAUCUUUUAAGGAGACGACGCGCUGCGGUGCAUCAGAGACGUUAUUAUGGAUAACUUGCGCAAGAAAAAUAGUGUAGUCCAGACUUAAACAGACUUAGCAACAGUGAAGCCUGAGAAAUCAAUAUUUUGCGUAGAGAGCUUUUACUCUAAAAAAGUAGAAGAAAAUUUUUCCAAUAACACGGCCGCUGAACCCAAUAAAAAUCCCAAUACAGCUAAUCAGAAAGAUGGGUCCAAAGAACAGGGCACUGCUAAUUAAUCCCAUGGAGCAAGUGAUUAAAAUUUGGAAAAUUCCGUUAAUGUUGCGUAAAAACAGGAUGAACUUUAAGGACGUAACUGAUAAGGAUAAGACGAGCUCGUACAGGCAAGUUACAGUAACGUCUUUGAUAUAUAAAAUAGGAAUGUGAGCCAUAAAAUUAGAGCUGUCGAAGCGGGUGGAGAAAAAGCAUAUACUUGGGGAGCUACACAAUGGGAUCAAGCCAGGGAGACGCUUAGAGGAUAAUAUAUUUGUACUAACGCAGUGCGCAGAGACUUCAAUAACUCAGAACACACCUUUAAAGGUAACAUUUCUAGAUAUUUAGGGAGCUCACGACAACGUAAUCAGAGAAUAAAGAGACCAGUAAUGACAGGAUAUCAAUUCAGCAAGAAGACAUACCCAUCGUCAAGCAAUAUGAACACCCGGGUGUAUACAUAAACGAAGAAAAGACCCGCUCAAGCGUCCAACAAAGUAGGCUAAAACUGAAAGGUAAGUGGAAUGCGACAAUAAUGAAAGACAUAGCCACUUUGUGGCUACAAUACGAGGUGGUGUGAGGAACUUGGGAAUAGUGUAAUACUGCCAGUGCUAACGACCGCAAAUGCAAUAUUGUGCUAUAAAACAGAAACCUUGUCAGGUUUUAAGGUUAACUAUAGGGUGGUCGGCCGACUGGCUUUGGGGAACCCCGGUAAAAUCACAAGUGAGGCAGAGCAAGUAGACAUGAGUUGGGCUUCUUUUGAAGUAUGAGAAGCGCAGAGAAAGAUUAGUUGUGAAGAGAGACUGCAAGGAACACGGAUGAAAAGAUAUGGCUGGCUGAAUUGCAUAAACAUCUGUGCCUUAAAAGCGUGAGCACGGAAUGAAGGAAAAGGUCGACAUUUGGCAACUAAGUACAAGGCAAUUGAAAGUGAAAAUAUACAACCAAUCGUAAAAAAAUAAGGUGAGAGAAACAGGGAAAACGGUAAAUUGGAUGCAAAGGGCAGAAACAGGAAAGUACCAUGGAGAUUUACAAAAACGGCAAUAAAGAAUUCGCGGUGCGAAUACGAUCAGAUUACAACACAAUCGCAAAUGAUGACAAUCUAAAAGCGCAAACGAAUACCAAACCAAGCUAACUAAAUAAGCGCGAGCGAGAGCUGACGCGAGCAGACGAUAAUACGAAACGAGCUGUCCGGCUGACACCACAUACGAGUACGCAUCGAGCGGGUCCGCAUGACACCAGCCUCCCGCGCGAACGUCACUGAAGGGGCCGCUCUCAUUGGUGUCCGCCGUUCGCGGUUCACGUCCUUUCAUCUCCUGCUCCUGCGUUCGCU